AUGGCUCAGGCUAGGGCAUUGUCUAUAGCUGAUGAUAGCCAUACGGGCUCUCUGAUUAGCGAAUUCCAUCCAGCCAACGUCAAUUUGUACCGGCGGUCUCUCUCCAUACCCAGUUUCCGAAGUGUUGAGAUUGACUAUAACGUGGAGUUCUUGUUUGCCUCUGAAAAGACAGAAUCGAUCCAACUACCGCAGACUUUUCCAGAGAUUCCAUCCCCAGAAAUCGAGCCUAUACCUCUUUUUGAGCAUGUUCCAAGGUCACCCACUCCCAAGACAGAUGGGGGGCUACAUACCCAUUUGCAAAGGUUCAUUGCAAAACAAGACAAUGUCGCCGCAACUCGUAUGCUAGCCCGUGAGCGCCGCAGGGAACUGAGAUGUAAACGCAAUGGCGUUAUUGAUCUGGAAGCAGGAUUUAUGAAUAAAAUGAACCAGCUACUUAUUGAUCAUAGAGACAACCCUGCAAGACUAGAUCCAGCACUUCUUACACUUUUUGAACAGUAUCAAGAUGCCCGAAAUGAAUACUCUUCUUUUGAGGAUGACUAUAAUCAAUUGGAAGACCAGUUGGACAGGGAAGAAUUUGAGCUUGAAGAAGUUAUCAAGGCUCUAAGGAAAGCAGGAGACAGAGAAGGGGACAAAGGUUUAUUCAGUGGUUCUGAGAAAUCAGCCAAGAAUAAUGCUCCAAACUUUGCAGAGAUAUACCACCCACUAGUCAUCCAGUACUAUUCCCGGAUAGGCGAUAUGAACUUACUGAAAGAGGAGCUUUGGAACCUACGUGCUGAAUAUGAUAUGGCACAGGAAGAUCAAGCCACAAAACACAAAUAUGGAAUGGCUGUGCAGGACUCUAACCUUCUGGAAUUGCUACAAAAUUUUGCAAAAUAUGAAGAGGAGAUACUUGAUGAUCUUACUGCUGUAGACAAUGAUGUCCAGCAAUUGAAGGCACAGUGUGAUGCACUUGGCCUGCUUGACAACCCUCAAGAAUCAACCUUGUUGGAUCCACUUGAAGUGAUGGAAGAUAUUCCCAAUCUUCAAUGGACCAGAAGAAGGCCUUCUUUCUUUGAGGAGAACCCGGGCCUACAAACAUCUGCAGAGGCAAAAAUCAGCAUGACAGAGUUCAUUGAUAAAUGGCUCCUCCAUCAGCUCUUUGAAUCACCGCUUGACCGGCUCAGAUCAUCCCCAGAACCAAUAGAAUUUCCGGUGUACGAGCCUCAUCACGCAAACGAUAGUUAUAGUUGGGCAAAAUUGUCAGUGAAUAUUGGAACCCCAGACUCCUACCUUUUUAAAUCUGCGGCUCCAAUUGAUAACGAUAUAAUCCUUGAUAUGCUCUCUCCCAAUGGACCCAAUUCCGAUCCUUGUACGCCAAAAGAUGAACCGGUACUACCCACUGCGAUGCGAAUAUGCGAUUUCGACUGCCCCACGGGUUCCUUAGUGGACAAAUCGUUGAACAAUAACAGUCCUAGUGCCAUGCUGGCUGUUGAAGAGGAAGCCAAUGCUAUCAAUAUUACUUCUGGCAACCCAGACAACAGCUCAAUAUCUUCGUUUUGAUACUUUUGACCUUGACACGAAAACUGGUUUCUACAUUUCAAACUCGGUGCUUAAGGGUGUAUUUUACUGGGAAUUAUACCGGGGAGGAAGGAAAGAUCGGUGUUUUCAAACCAAUAGACCAAGGAGAAUAGAUUUCCCUACUCGGAUGAUUUUACAGAGAAUUUUGCUGGCAUUCCUGCCAAUCGCUGUGCUCCCCACAAGGCAACUUUAGGCUGGAACACGUUUGGCCUUUGCACGCAUUUCCUUAUGUGGAGUUCAGGCACGACACAUUGAGUGUCGACUUGCUGGAGACCUUGCAUGCCGUCGCAAAUUAAUUUCGUUUAUCAAGCCCGACAGAGAGUGUGUGUAUGUGGGUGGAUGCGCCUUGGAAUUUGAGUAACGCUGGGUACGAGCAGGUAUACCGACACGUUUCAGUUUCACCCGAAUAUCGAUUACUAUUUGGGUGGGAGGGGUUCCCCUACUAUCCAAUCCCAGAAAUCAAACGCAGUUAUUUAUCCCCUGCUUCCGAGAAAUCCUACUGGGCCAGCUCCCUAACCAAUCUUCGGAUGCGAUGGCGAGAUGCUGUUUCCUUGUGAUUGCGACGGCCCUCCACACCAUCACCUCCAAAAUACGACAUACCCUGCCAUCAAAAGGGUCCUGUUAGGCAUACAGAUCCCUGAGCGACUGUGGGGGUCGAGGUAGGCCAACAAUAACUACUUGAUGGGGCGUUUAUUUCCACCCAAACGGAUGACGUGGUGCAUGAAAUCUGUAAAAAGAAUCAAUUUGGAUCGCAUCCCCGGGGUACUCCGUAUUGACCGCCAGUCUUGAACGUCUACGCAGGAUGGGUGGUCUUAAAGCCUUUCAUGCUGCGGUGGUUCUCUUUUGCCAAGUUCAGGGAGUUUGGGCCUCCUUUGUUUGUUGUGCGUAUUCCGUGUUGAUUAAUAUUACUUUUACAAGCCACCGUCGCGAUCACACCACCAUCACUGGAAGAGACCGCCAAGUUCCUUUUUUUCCCCUAUUCAGUAGCGUCGCAAGCACCAGUUUCAAGCGAGAUUCGAUGCUAAGAGAUGAACUAUGGGGGGAGCCAAAUAUAUCCAAGUAUGCAUAUA